UUUCUUAAUUAUUAUUAUUUUAAUGAGAGUUUUGUCGUUAUUUAUUUAUUUAUUAUUAAGUCUUUGAAAAACUUGUACGUGAGAAGCCACUACUUUCUCUCUUACAACUCCAAACCUCAACUCUCUCUUCAUCCUCUCCCCUGCAACCAUGAAAACCCAAUUCGCCUUCUCUCCCCGAACAAUCUUCCUACUUCACCUCACUCUCCUCUUAACCUCUCCAUCUCCAUCCCGCUGCACCGACCUAAUCGAUCAAACCUGCAAAAUGACGCCGUUUUACGACCUCUGCGAGUCCUCUCUCAGAUCAGGAGCUCAGAUUGCGGCGACGGACAUGAAAGCUCUGGCGACAAUCAUGGCGAACGUGGUGUUAGGGAACACGACCGACACUCUCAAUUACAUCGAAGGACUAAUCAAGCAGAGCAGAGAUCCGGACAUGGAGCAUGCGCUGGCUAAUUGCGCCGAGCUGUAUAUCCCGGUUGUUAAGUACAAUAUACCGCAAGCCAUUGAAGCGUUGGGUAAAGGCGAGUACGGAUUUGCUAACUACGCCAUAUCGGAUGCCGCGAAGGAGGCGGAUGCGUGUGAGAAGGGAUUCUCUGGUUCGAUGGAAUCGCCACUGACGGAGAGGAAUAAGCUGGUGAGGAAUCUGUGUGAUGUGGCUGUUGCUAUUUUGAAACUGGCGUCCAAAGGUGGUUGAUGAUCAAACAAUUAUCUGCUGCUUUCUGGUUUUAAUAAGGUAUAUCUAUUUGGUGUAUUAUAUAUAUAUAUAUAUAAUUAUUUUAUAGAGUG